UUGGCUCCCGGGAAAGGUUCCACUCCUCCGGGAUAGAGGGGUUGAGUUUUGUAUGCUUCCAUCCAUUCUGCAAGACGCUAAAGGCCUCUCAUCAACCUCUCCUGUGUCCAGGAACACCUCCGUAGUAAUCAUUUGGUUUAUUUGUCUUUUGGAGCUGGAACGCAUUGCCAGAAGUGGUCGAUUCAACUGAACCUUUUUUUUUUUUUUUAAAUGCAUGUUGUAUGAUGACUCCAGCUUGAGGAGACAUCACCAAAAACAAAAAGUUUUCUUCAAACGCAUUUCGAAUAAAAAACUUGAAUAAAACAGAAGCAACUACAACCAUAUCCUGCUAUUUGAACGACUUCUUCAACGACUAGGAUCACGUUCCCACCAGCUACAGAGAUAGACUUCAGUAACCCAUUCUGUAAAUUGUUCAUGUCGUGCCAACACAGGACGGGCUCAAGGAGACAGGACUUGUGAACUCAACUGGGACUUUUAUUUCGUUUCUACACGUUUAACUACAACAAACUUAUUUUACUGUUAUUUGUCAACCACCAAGAAGGGAAAAUUGCUCUUCAACAACUACCUUCCUAUUACUCUCAUUUGGCUGGAGCGGGUUUGUACGAAACUGUUUUAAUGUUUGGAAUUCAGGAAAAUAUAGGCUUACCUAGAGGAGGGACGACUAUGAAAGAGGAACCGCUGGGCAGCGGGAUGAAUUCGGUCCGCUCGUGGAUGCACACAUCUGGGGUAGUGGAUGCGAACACAGCCGCCCAAAGCGGUGUGGGUUUGGCUCGGGCACACUACGAGAAGCAACCACCGUCCAACCUCAGAAAAUCCAACUUUUUCCACUUCGUUCUUGCGCUGUAUGACAGGCAAGGGCAGCCCGUGGAGAUCGAACGGACAGCUUAUGUGGACUUUGUGGAGAAGGACAAAGAACCAAACAGUGAAAAAACUAACAAUGGGAUACACUACAAACUACAGUUAUUGUACAGCAACGGUGUCAGAACAGAACAGGAUCUUUUCGUACGAUUAAUCGAUUCCAUGACAAAACAGGCUAUAAUCUAUGAAGGUCAAGACAAAAACCCAGAGAUGUGCCGAGUGCUUCUCACACACGAAAUCAUGUGCAGUCGGUGUUGUGAUAAGAAGAGUUGUGGCAACAGGAACGAGACUCCUUCAGACCCCGUUAUCAUCGACAGAUUCUUCUUGAAAUUCUUCCUCAAGUGCAAUCAGAACUGCUUGAAGAAUGCAGGAAACCCACGAGACAUGCGCAGAUUCCAGGUUGUUGUAUCAACAACGGUCAAUGUGGACGGUCACGUCCUGGCGGUCUCAGACAACAUGUUUGUCCAUAACAACUCCAAGCACGGCAGAAGGGCUCGACGUCUAGACCCUUCUGAAGGUACGGACCCUCCUUAUCUCUAUCAUGCAGCUACCCCCUGCAUCAAAGCCAUCAGCCCUAGUGAAGGAUGGACCACGGGAGGAGCCACAGUCAUCAUCAUAGGAGAUAACUUCUUUGACGGUCUCCAAGUUGUGUUCGGGACGAUGCUUGUGUGGAGUGAGCUGAUUACACCCCAUGCCAUCAGAGUGCAGACCCCACCCAGGCACAUCCCAGGAGUCGUGGAAGUCACCCUCUCCUACAAGUCCAAGCAGUUCUGCAAAGGGGCUCCUGGACGAUUUGUCUACACUGCUUUGAACGAGCCCACCAUUGACUACGGCUUCCAGAGGCUACAGAAGGUUAUUCCCAGACAUCCAGGAGAUCCAGAGAGGUUACCGAAGGAGGUGUUGCUGAAGAGAGCAGCUGACCUUGUGGAGGCUCUGUAUGGAAUGCCCCACAACAACCAGGAGAUCAUCUUGAAGCGAGCGGCCGACAUCGCCGAGGCCCUGUACAGCGUCCCACGUAACCACAACCAGAUCCCUUCACUGGGCAACACGGCGUCGCACGGCGGCAUGAUGGGGGUCAACUCGUUCGGCAGCCAGCUCGCCGUCAACGUCUCAGAAACAUCACAGGGUAAUGACCAGGUAGGAUACAGCCGUCAAACCAGCAGUGUGUCCCCUCGAGGCUACGUCCCCAGCAGCACCCCACAACAGGCCAACUACAACACCGUUAGCAACAGCAUGAACGGCUACGGCAACCCCAUGUCCAAUCUGGGAGUACCCAGUUCACCAGGCUUCCUCAACGGCUCCUCUGCCAACUCCCCCUACGGCAGUAAGUAUCAAGUAGUGCCGUCGAGCCCUACCAUGGCAGCCUCUUCGGUCAGCCUCUCUUCAAACUGUAGCAGUACACACGGCAUUUUCUCAUUCUCACCUGCCAAUGUCAUCUCUGCAGUGAAACAAAAGAGCGCCUUUGCCCCUGUUGUAAGGCCCCAAGCUUCUCCACCACCUUCUUGCACCAGUGCAAAUGGCAAUGGACUUCAAGCGAUGUCCGGCCUCGUUGUCCCACCCAUGUAAAUUGAACACUCUUCUUCCUCUCCGAGCACCAGUCGUCACAAAAAGGGGCUGCAGGGGGACUUGUUUAGUACCUUUAGAAGAUUCUGGUUGAAUCUGUGUCAUCAAUCAUGAAUAAAAUCAACAACAUAUUCUGUUUAUUCAGAGGAAAAAAAAGACUGUUUCAAAGAUUUUAUUCAAACAAUUAUGAAUUGUGACAAUGCAAGCAACUUUGUCAUUAACAAUUUAAUUUUACUGACUGAUUUCUUGUCAUAUUUUACCAUUUCUCAGUCUCGAAGAAAGGAAGGAAGAAAAAUUGCUAUUUUGUAUAAAAGUGUCUGGUUUGAUCUUGGCUUUGUCUAGUUGUUGCUAUGUGUUGGGAGAAUCUUUGAGGAUGAUCAAUUUGAUGAACAACACUGAUGACAAUACCUCAGAAUACGUUUCUCUUCACACGAUGCACAGCAGUUAAGUAUCUCUAUAAUGUGAAUUCCUUAUUUCUUUCUCUUUUUUAAUUUGUGGUAAGAGAAAAGGGGGCCAAGACAGUGUGAACACAUUUACAACUGGAAAUAAUAUCAAAUAUAUGAUUUAAAAAAACAAAACAUUAACAUGAAGAAGUAAAUACCAAUAAUCUGAGUGGCUGACAGAGGACAUUUCAUAAUGCCUACUUACUUUAUCAACAAAAAAAAAUUACUUUCUAACUUAUUGUAGGUAGAAAUUGUAAGUCAAUGAUUCUUUUUUUUUUUGCCUUCAAAAAGCACACUAACAGAGAUGAAAAGCUACUGUCUGUUGGUAAAAAAUUAACUACUUCCACUGCUGCAGCUUCCAGUUAAGCAAGUGUGAUCUGCAAUGUUUUUCCACUGUUUUGCUAGCACUGUAUAAUAUUGCAUUCUUAGGCUACUGUGAAGUCUAUGCUUCUUGUUCCAGAAGGUCGUCCUUUUACUUCUGUCUCCUUAUUCCCUAAUGUGUUUUGUAUGUGGUUAUACAAUUGUAGACUUUUGUGAUUUUGCCAAAGUUGUAGCUAAAUAUUUAUACACUUGUCUUGAAUUUUUUCCAGAUCCACUUAAAUAUUUAGGACAGAGUUUUAUUCCUUAUAGAAACAGUAAGGGGUUAAAUAAUCAUAUACAUUGCAACACUUUGACAUUAACACUUGCGGUUACUAAGGGAAUUUUUGUAACAUAUCAAUUAUAAAUAUUGUAUUUAUCUUCGAAAUUUUUGUAAAAUUGCUUUCAAUCAUUUAAUUUGAUCUUGUACGUAUUGUUUGUCAUGGCCAGAUAUUGUGAUGCAGCACAGAGUGUAAAGCCAGUAACUAUUGCCUACAUUCACUUUUUUUUUGUAUCGAUAGAUCGCAAUGUCUAUACAUUUCAUUUGUAUCUCAAAUUGACAUUUAUUUUGUCAAAGUAAUUCAUUUUGUUGGUCAUUGUUUUCUUCUUUUGAGAAAAAAACUGUCAAAGUUCAUUGUUUAUUUUUGUAUUAUAUAAGUUAUAUAAAACAAAAUACUUUUUUUUUGAAUAAAACUGUUUGUUGUAUAGUCAAAUAACUUGUUUGUGACACAUGGCUGUAUUAAUAAUAGUAGAUUACGUGCAUGUCCAGCCGCAAAUCCCCCCAACCCCCCGCACCCCCCCCGAGGUAUGAUUCAAUUUGUGGUUGUACAUUUGGUUUUCGUAGAAUGUAAAAAGUCAUUUUUACCUGCUACCCCAUAUCACUUAGCUGAACUGUCUUAAACAGGGAACAAAAAAAAACACACACAUGAAAAACCAUCUAAUCUGGAAUAGAAAAUACAUGUUAAGAAUCACUGAUGUUUAUUAGAAUCUGUCAGGAGAAGCUCUUUGGAAGGCCUGAGAUCUGCUGGUUGAAUGACAUCAAUCUGUACCUACACCACAAUGCCAAUCCGUACUCCAUGAACAUGAUCUAUGGUGUAAAAAAAAAAGCACAAACAUUGUUUACUGAAAAUAAUAAAACAUAAUUAUGGUGA